UAAACCCAUGUACGUUCUGCAUAGAAAUCAGUAAGUAUUCUAGGUCCAUAUGUUGUGUAUAAAGCGACGGUCGGUAGUGUUAUAUAAACUCAUUGUGCAAGAGAUAACGCAUACAGGUACAAACAAACCUCGAACACAUGUGGGGAAAAAAUGUCUCAUGUACUGUAUGUUAUCUUGUGUAUACAUGGCAAAUUUAACCUAAAACAAACAGCAAAACACACAUUUAUAUCAUCCAUUAUUACGGCGUCUACAUCCAAACAUUAUCGCAAGUUAUUUUAAGGUUAACCCCUGCUAAUGUCUUCUGUAAUAUUUUCUUCACUUUGAAAUAAAAGCAGUAGCGACUAUUUUCAUCAGCACACUGUGUCGUUUUAAAUAAGAUGUUUGAAGUGAAUAAAUGUAUUCUUCAUUCCCAAGUGAUACAAUGUAAAAAAUGCUGUUGAUUUAACUAAGUUCGGGGAUUAGUGAUUGUUUGUAUAUUUUUUUUUAGACUUUUAAGAGGAUUAUUCUGAAUUAAGUACCAUUAACCGAUUAAAUAGUGUAAACGACGUGCAAGGUGAAGACUCGUAUUCUUCAUACACAUAACGUGUUGUUUUAAGGAACCUUGGUACAGUUGGAUACAAAUCCAGUCCCUUGGCAUAGUAAUUAUACUAGUAACUUGUCAUCUUAUUGACUGCCUUUACAAAGAUCGGCGUUAACAUCUAAAACAACGUUCCAAAGCUGAACGACGUUACCAUUCUCUAAACUUGGUUUGUAAUACCGCCAUUUUGACGGCUUAACAUUAAUGGUUCUGUCCUUCUCCAAAAAUAGAAUUUGAAAGAAUUCUAAGUAAUCCGAGAUGGCUGUUCAGGUAUUUAUUGUCAAAAUGUCCUGACAUUAGGCUUUUGUGGUGGACCAAAUUGCAUACGGUUAUGUGCAUCAUAUCCAUCAACUCAAGUACUUUAAUUCGUCCAAUCAGAUUCCUUGAUUUGUAACGCCUUAUUCGUGCCACCAUAUAAACAUGUUAUCACAACAACGUCGGCCACCUAUCAAACGUGGAAAGGACCAUGGAUUAUACGACACACAACAUAUCCCUGGGGGAUAUCGAAGAGGCACGACAGAGAUUGGACGGGAAAGUGCACAAAAGUCCACUCGUGUCGCUGAACUAUCAGGUGCCCAAUGUUAACAUUUAUCUGAAAUUGGAAAACCUCCAACCAAUUGGAUCAUUCAAAUUACGUGGAGCCUGCAAUGCCUUAGGUAAACUGACAGAUGACCAACUUAAAGAUGGUGUUUAUACUGCCAGUGCCGGGAACUUCGCCCAGGGAUUAGCCUGGAAUACCCAGAAGCUAGGGAUACCGUGUAAUGUUAUUGUGCCUGAUCACGCUCCCGCCACUAAACUCGCCGCCAUAGAGAGACUGGGUGGCGAGAUUGUCAAGGUUCCAUUCAGUGAAUGGUGGAAAGUUUUAGAGACUCAUAAGUUCGAUGGGAUGCCAGGAACAUUUGUACACCCUGUGUCUGAUCCGUCUGUCAUAGCAGGAAAUGGAACUAUUGGUUUAGAAAUUUUAGAAAGUGUACCAGAUGUUGAUGCCAUCAUCGCUCCCUAUGGAGGAGGAGGUUUGUCGUGUGGAAUUGCUUCCGCUGUCAAGGCACUUAAACCGGAUGUAAAAGUCUACGCAUGCGAAGUUGACACGGCCGCCCCACUGAAGGCAUCCAUGAUAGAGAAUCGACCGGUUCCGUUUGAUUACAAGGCUUCCUUUAUUGAUGGCAUGGGAGGGAAAUCGGUUUUAACAGAGAUGUGGCCGCUAGCUAGCAGACUUCUCGACGAUUCCAUCGUUGUUAGUCUACAGGAAGUUGUGGAUGCUUUGAAAUUGAUGGCUGAAAGAAAUCAUGUGAUCGCAGAAGGAGCAGGUGCAGCCCCUCUAGCUGCAGCCCUGACAGGAAAGGCGGGAAAAGGCAACAUCGUGUGUGUGGUAUCUGGGGGCAACAUUGACACCGACAAAUUGACAACAAUAUUACAGGGAGACAUACCCAAGUGAUGCCACCAGGCAGUACAGAUUCCUCGAGCAAUCUCAUGAGAUGUGUGAUGAUAGAUUGAGAAAGUAAUCAUAAUAUCAUGAAACGGAUCUCCAACCUAGAUGGUUAUAUAAUUUAAUCUUGCUUGUAACAAGCAUAUCUGUCCAUAUCGUGAAAAACGACGUCGACGUGUUUACGUCGAUGUUAAUUGGCCGAUACAGCGGCGUAAACAUGUCUAAGAGAAAAGAGUCCAUCAAUAAAGCGGGUUUUAUAGGGAUUAUGUACAAUAGAUUGACUUAUAAGGAUCAACUUAAUUUUAUGUUACGAUAUGGAUCAUUAACAUAAAUAUAUAUUCAGAUGCAUGUCACAAAACGAAAUAAAGAUAACGACUUAAAGUA